GUUGUUGAACGUUAUUUACAACGAGAAAAUUUUAUACGUGAACCAUUUUGGAAAAUAGCAGUUGAACAUCAAACUGAAAAUGGAGAAUUUUGUGAAUUUACAUGGGAACGUAAUCGAUUAUUUGAACAUCAACCAUGUUUAAUGAUUUAUGAUAUGAUUAUGGAUGAACCAUUAGCUAAAGUUAUGGAUAUUAAAUCAAAAAAUAAAUCAAAAUGGCGACCUGCUGCACUUGAUACAGUUGAAAUGGAAAAACUUGCUAGUAGAAAAUUACGUAUGACUGGUAAAAAGACAAUGGAAAUUGCUGAAAAAUUAUAUAUGAAAGGUUUAAUUAGUUAUCCACGUACUGAAACAAAUAUAUUUCCAUCGGAAAUUAAUCUUAAUCCACUUAUUCAAAAUCAAAUCGGUGAUCAACGUUGGGGAGCAUUUGCACAACGUGUACUUGAAAAUGGUCCUCACCCACGUAAUGGUAAAAAUACUGAUAAAGCCCAUCCUCCCAUUCAUCCAACACGUUAUCCUGAUGGACAAUUAACAGAAGAAGAAAAUAAAUUAUAUGAAUUAGUUGUUCGACAUUUUCUUGCUUGUGUAUCAAAAGAUGCUCAAGGUGAUGAAACAACAAUUAAAAUUGAUAUUGCAAAUGAAAAAUUUCAUGCAUCUGGUUUAAUAAUUCGUGAAAGAAAUUAUCUUGAUGUUUAUAUUUAUGAUAAAUGGUCCGAGAAAGAAUUACCACAUUAUCAAUUAAAUCAAACAUUUUAUCCAAGUAAAAUUGAAAUGGUUCAAGGUGAAACAACAGCACCACAAUUAUUAACUGAAGCUGAUUUAAUUUCUUUAAUGGAAAAACAUGGCAUUGGUACCGAUGCAACACAUGCUGAACAUAUAUCGAAAAUUCAAGAACGUCUUUAUGCAAAAAUGAAUUCAGAACGAAGAUUUGAACCAGAAAACUUAGGACUUGGUUUAUGUGAAGGUUACGAUAAAAUGGGUCAUGCAUUAUCUAAACCAUAUCUUCGUGCAGAACUCGAAAGCCAACUGAAAGCUAUUUGUGAAGGAAGAGCUGAUCCAGCUGAGGUACUUCGAGAUCAAAUUGAUAAAUAUCGACAAGUAUUUAUUGUUACUGCGGCACAAAUUCAAAAACUUGACGAUUCAAUGAGUAAAUAUUUUGGUGCUCCGGGAACAAAUCCACCACCACCACCUCCUCCACGUCCACCACCAUCUGGACCUUUUGGAGAUCGAACGAAUCGAAACCAACCACCACCAGCUCAUAGACCUGCACAAGCUUCACGUAAUAAUAAUAAUAAUACAUCAACUAGACCUCAACAAACAAACCGACCUGCUAGACCUUUACAACAAGAACAAACUCGCCCGACGACGGCUAGUAAUAGUGGCAUAACAAAAUGUAAUUGUGAUGUUGAUGCUAAAGAACUGGUGGUGAAAAAGGAUGGUCCAAAUAAAGGUCGAGCAUUUUUUCGAUGUGGAAAUAACGAUAAUUGUAAUUUUUUUGCUUGGAAAGACGAGACAACAUCGAAUCAUGGCGGUGGUGGUGGUCAACGACAAGGUGGAAAUAAUCAACCACCUGCAUCUCGUAAACGACGAAGUUCAGAUAAUGAUGAAGAGGGAAAGCAACGAAAAUGUGGACUUUGUAAAGGGACCGGUCAUACACGUCGAAAUUGUCCAUCAUUAAAUUCUUUUCUAUGA